AUGUCAAGAAGAGGCUUACGAGAUGAAGAAAUCGAACGAUUAUUGUGUGAAAUUCCAUCAGACGAGGAUUCCACUGUUGACACCACAGAUGACGAAUCUGAUUAUGAAGCAAGCAUUGUUGCGGAGGCUAUUGUGUCGUCUGAAGGCGAAGUUUCAGAGAGCGAGGAAGAAAGUGAGUCCACUCCGCCAAAACGCGCUGCUGACACAGCGCCAACUUGGGGACAACAAUUCAAUGCUACCUCAGGAAUGCAGUUCGACAGUGAAUCAGGACCAAGUGCUUUUAUUAGGGACAUUGAUGAUCCAGAACCUAUCGAUAUAUUCGAAAAAAUAUUUCCAAAAGAGCUAGUUGAGCUAAUCGUUUUCCAAACAAAUUUAUAUGCGACGCAAUCUGGCAAGUCUUUCACUCCAACAACUGACAAUGAAAUACGAACUUUCCUGGGAAUCAACAUUUUGAUGGGUAUAAAGCGUAUGCCAGCAUACAGAGACUACUGGUCUAGUGCCCCAGAACUUCAUGAUCGUUAUAUUGCAUCUCUGAUGGCAGUAAAUCGGUUUGGAUGGUUACUGAGGAACAUUCAUCUGAAUGAUAACACAUUGCAUCCAGAAAAAGGACACCCAGGUUAUGACAAACUGUACAAGCUGCGACCAGUGAUCAAGAUACUAUCUGAAUCUUUUUCCAAGUGUUACCAACCCAGCAAACACCUAGCAAUUGAUGAGUCAAUGAUCAAAUUCAAAGGCCGCAACAGUAUGAAACAAUACAUGAGAGAUAAACCCAUAAAGCGUGGUUACAAAGUGUGGAUGCUGUGUGACAAGACCUCUUACAACUUGAAAUUUGAUAUUUACACCGGAAAAGUAGGUGACACAGUGCAAACAGGCCUUGGGGAGCAUGUAGUGCUGAGUUUGUCCUCUGAACUCGUAAAUAAAGGCCAUUAUCUUUAUUUCGACAACUAUUUCAAUAGCUAUAACUUGUUGGCUGGUUUACAGCAGAGAAACAUAUAUGCCUGUGGGACAGUUCAACCAACAAGGAAACAUUUACCCAAAUUAAAAACAGACAAAGAAUUAAGCAGAGAUUUCAAUCUAAACACCCCAGAUGGAACUGGUACUUUGAAUGCAAUGCGAGGUAUAAUGUGUGUUACUCCUCAUGAUGCAUUGCUUCCUCAGAAAAAUGUUAAAAAGUUGAAUCAUCGUCCCUCAGCUCAACAUGUUAGUGAAGCCGGAGAAAAUGACAUGCAGACAUUCCACAGAACACAAGUUGGAGGGCUGAAGGCUAUAAAAAUUGAAGAUUUGGACAUAAUUGCUCCUGCAAAAGGUUUGGGACCGGCACUUUCUCCCACAUGA